AUGGAGGAAACACUAAAUCCAACGAGACAUGAUCCUUCCCAUGAAAAGGUCGAGAAAAUGAAGCAACAUGAUCCCGUUUCCCGAUCAGAGUAUCCUCGGGAAAAACGCAAGAAUAAAGGUCGACCAGGGCCCCUCACCCGAUUAAACAACUUCAAGGCAAAUAUCUUAAUGGAAAUCAAAGAUAUGAAAAUAUUAAGGCGGCCUUCAAGAAUGAAGUCGCCCCCUAACACGAGAGAUAAGAGCAAGUAUUGUGAAUUUUACCAAGAUCAUGGGCAUAUCACGGAAGAUUGUCAAGCUUUGCAGCGGGAAAUUGAAGCUCCCAUUAAAAGAGGACUCUUAAGGAAUUACAUUGGCAUAGCAUCUGGAGGAGACACAAAUAUUGGGCGAAAGCAAUAUGCCCGCCAACAUGCUCAUACCUCGAAGGAAUCCCAUGAUAAACUCGAAGACAUUAUCUUUGGAGCAAGAUAUUUGGAAGGAGUAUCAUAUUUUCAUGACGAUGCCUUGGUCGUCUCUGCAAUUGUGGCUAACUUUAAAGUAAAGAGGAUUCUGGGAUUUGGUGGUGGAGUCAUUAUCCCUGAGGGCAUCGUCGAGCUUUCGCUUACAUUAGGUUCUGGUAAUGCACAAGUGAUAGAGAUCACAUCCGUCCAAGUGGUUAAUACCCCUAUGGCUUACAACAUCAUUCUUGUAAGGCCCCUACUGAGCAAGAUCCAAGCCAUUGUAUCAACUUUCCACCUGGCAAUGAAGUUCCCGACAAGCCAUGGCAUCGGAGUAGUUUGA